AUGAAUAUAAAGAACCGUACGUUUGAGUUUCAGCAGAGUGUUGCGACAUAUAAGAAGCGAGUGAAGAAGAACGAUGCCACUUCCAAUGGUAAGCCUCAAGCUGGUGUUUCAGAGUUCCAAAAGAAAGCAUCUGCUAUAGCGCGUGAAAUCUCUUCUAGUGCGCAGCUGCUUUCCAAACUGGCGCUCUUGGCUAAGCGGAAGCCAAUGUUGAAUGACAACCCGGUGGAGAUUGCUGAGCUCUCAUUUCUGAUAAAACGAAAGAUAUACGCCAUUGAGCAAAGUUUAAUAGAUUUGAGUAAACUUCAGAAGGUACAGAGGAAUGGUGGUAACAGUAGUGCUGGUUCUACUACGGACGUUACAACUCAACACUCAAAGAAUGUAGUAAAUUUACUGAAUACAAAGAUGAGAAACAUAUCUGGUGGUUUCAAGGAUGUUCUCGAAGAAAGACAGCGUAUGGAGAUGGCUAAUAGGGAUAGGUGGGAGAAGAUAAACUCGACAUCAAAUUCCACUUCGAGAGCAAUGUCUAACACUCAGGAUUCAGAGAAUAAAAACUUAAACGAUAACGCCAUGGUUAAUGAGGUUGCCACAUACAAUCAUUCCAAUCCAUUCAUGAGCUCAUCUCUAAUUGAUGAAGAAUCUCAUGCCAAUGCUAAUAAAGGAUCAGAGCUAGCCCUGCCACAGAGUGACUCCCAGAUGUUGUUAAUGAUGGAGGAAGGGCAAAUGGCAAAUAACGUAUAUUUACAAGAGCGUAAUAGAGCUGUGGAGACCAUUGAGUCUACCAUCCAAGAGGUUGGUAAUUUAUUCCAACAGUUAGCUUCCAUGGUUCAGGAACAAGGUGAAGUUAUACAAAGAAUUGAUGCCAACGUCGAUGAAGUUGACCUAAAUAUAACAGGGGCGCAAAGAGAAUUGUUAAAGUAUUUUGAUAGAGUUAAAAGCAAUCGUUGGCUUGUUGCCAAGAUCUUCUUUAUAGUGUUCGUGUUUUUCCUUGUCUGGGUGUUGGUCAAUUGA